AGGCAGCACUGAUAGGCAUUGAUAGGUGGCACUGAUAGGUGGCACUGAUGGGCAGUACUAAUGGGCGGCACUGAUAGGGGGCACUGAUUUAACUGAUGGGCACUGAUUGCAAGCACAGAUGGGCACUUUUAGCUGCUUGGGGCUGCACAGAUCACCAGGACACUGAUGAUCUGUGCCCUGAUGAUCAGUAUAGCCGGUGAUCAGUUGUGAUUGGACACAGCUGGUCACAUGGUAAAAGUGGCUGUGAUUGGCCG